UGCGAGCGGGGAAGCAUGUCCGGGCGAGGCAAAGGCGGGAAAGGCUUGGGCAAAGGAGGCGCCAAGAGGCACAGGAAAGUCCUCCGGGAUAACAUCCAAGGCAUCACAAAGCCCGCCAGUCGCCGCCUGGCUCGGCGCGGCGGCGUGAAGCGAAUUUCGGGGCUCAUCUACGAGGAAACGCGGGGCGUCCUGAAGGUCUUCCUAGAGAACGUGAUCCGCGACGCGGUGACUUACACCGAGCACGCCAAGAGGAAGACGGUCACGGCCAUGGAUGUGGUCUACGCCCUCAAGCGCCAAGGCCGGACUCUAUACGGCUUCGGCGGCUAACUUAGAGAUCAGAUCUGGGGACGGACAGAAGAGACGAUGCGGAAAAGGCCCUUUUCAGGGCCGCUCAAGUUUUCCGGAAAAGAGCUGCGUCCGUUGCAUGCAAAAGGCAGCACUUGGAACGAAAUACGUAGGGCGUUGCGUUUAGAAAGGAUAUGUUCAAUUUCUACGCGUGGGUUAAAUUUCCAAAGGGAGCAAAUGAAAUCUUUAAAUGGUCAAUAAAGCUUUUAAGGGU